CUGCUAAUGCCGCUGCAUGGCAUGGCGGAUGCCACCUGGCAUCCGUCCAUCCCACGCUCCUUGCUCAGAGGAAUGAGUCCCAGCCAGUCAGACGCCCUGGAAUUUGGCAGGCCUGGAGCCGGCCUUGCUGAGCGCGUGGGCGUUCCGUGGGAAGCGGUGCUUUGGCGUCGCUGGUUUAAAGUGCCGAAUAAGAAUACUUCGACUCGACAACAGACUCGCCGCUUGCGGUUGCGGGUGCGGAUUUCGACUCACUUAAAGUCGGCGACCCACCGGAUCCCCAAAAUUGGGCGCGACUGCAACCUAUGGCCUUGUCGCGACACAUGGCGACUGCGCAGAUCACCGCCCGCGACGUAG